CAAAUUGUGCUUGGGAACGCCUUGUGGGCGCGGCGGACCUGACUUACACCGCGCCUGUGGCACAUCUCUGGCGAGGCACGAAAAUAGAGCCCAAGGUAAACUUUUCUCUUUGUGAUACCUGCUUCACACUAGUACAACUUCACCCAACCAGUCUUUCUCCUCAGUAUCAUUUUACCCAGACAGUGCAGCAUAACAGAGGUGUAAGACUUUAACCUUAAAGGGGGGAAUUAAGGUCACUUUUUAGGCUUUAUUGUCCUCCGAUAGCUUUGUGGUGGCUUUACUUGAUUGAGAAGACACGUUUUGUCAGCCUGAAAUGCUUCGUUUCAGCUGGCAUUAUGGAACCCAGCACUCUAGUAGCCCCCUUCACUGUUGCCAUGAAACAACUUUUUUUUUUGCCUUUUUGUCAAAUGACAAGUUUUCCUUUUAAAAAAGAGAUUUGCAAACUUGAUUAAAUCUUGUUGAUUUAGCAGAAAUCUCAUAUGGCUUUUUGGACAAGCCAUUCAGAACUGCCUCCAGCCUCAUGUGGGAAUAAAACAGGAAAGUUUCCUGUAAAUAAUAUCGCAGGGAUAGGUCUGGAGCUGCUCUGCAUGAUAAGUACCACAAGAUAAACCAAAUAACAAAAUUGACUGACAGAUUUCACAUUUAGAUCUUGAUGGUAUUAGUGUCACGAUCCCGGUUGAAACAAAAAGAAAAGGACCCAAAAUGCAGAACCAAAAUGAGGAUUUAUUUCAAAGGAACUAAAAGAAAAAAAAUACUUUUCAAAUUGUCCAACUAAAAGACUCCCAAGAAACACAAUAACCCAAAAAAAUCCUUUGAUUUUGAUCUGUAGACUGGAGACACUGGAAACACUGGAGACACACAGAAGCACUGACAUACAACACAAUGAACCAACAAAGAAACAGGGGAAGACAAGGACUAUAUAUGCUCACACAAACAGGGAAACAAGCAACGAGACGCAGGUGAGACACAGAGACUCAGGUACAGACAAUUACUAAGGAGGGAAAACUGAGGAAGUAAAACAAUACUAGAAACACAGGAAAUAAACUACUGAAAAAUACAACAACAGAAAAUACUGGAAACUGAAAAUAGAGAAUUAACACUGAGAGCAUGAGGUAAACAGGGUCAGACACAAACUGAAAACACACAACCCAAGACUACAGGGCAACAGGAACAAUAGGAAAAACUCAAAUGAUCAAAACCAGGGGAAAACUAAAUACCAGAACAUAGAUCAUGACAAUUAGGUGAAUCCAAAAAGGCAUUAGGCCUUUAUUUUAUUUUUUCCAAAAGAUACAAUUGGGCAGGCAGACACUGGAUGCCCACCGCUGUCCACCAGUGGUAGAGGGCACACCAGUGUUGAGGCAGAGAGUCAGCUCAGCAGACAAAGAGAUGGAUGGAAAGGUUGACGGGAGAUUGUUGAGGAGAUGAAUAGAAAGUUCUGAAUGCUGCUGCGGCAGGCUGUGCUGACGUGAGGAGUGUUCCCAAACACAGUUAGUAGUGACUGCAGACCCUCUGCAUUACCAUACACACACGCGCAUACACGCACGUUCACACACACACACACACACACACACACACACACACACACACACACACACACACACACACACACACACACACACACACACACACGUGCUGGCCCUUAGGGAGUAAGCUUGCUUGCAGGCGGAGCUGAAGAAUAGUAACAAAUCUCCUGUUCUGGUCCUGAAGAGGUCACUGCUACCCCAGCAUCAUUAGAUAAUGUGUCAAGGUGUGUGCGUUGGUGUAUGUGUGAGCACGCUGGGUAUGUGUUUGAUACGGAUUUGUUAGAGUGUUUUUAAGGAGUUUAAUUGAAUUGUGCAUACAUGUUUUGUAAGUGCAAUGAGAGCUUUUACAGGUAUGUGAAAACGUGCGGAGCUUUGUGUGUGAUUCUGCACCCUUGUACUGUAGAAGACGGCGUGUUCCUCUUUCUCUCUCUCAGUGUGUGUGUGUGUGUGUGUUCCCCCUGCACAGGUCGGUCCUCUCCUUUCCACCUCUCUUCCCCAUUCCCCCUUUUUUCUUCCCUCCAGUCUGCGCUUCUUCACAGGAGCUAGGUGCGUAUCAUUGGAUCAGUAGCUGCUGCCUGCCACACUGUCCAAUCGCAUCUAGGGAGAGAAAGGGAGAGAUAGAGACUCAGGGAGAGGGAAAGAGAGAGAGAGAGAGAGGCUGUGAGAGAGUGAGAGAGAUGGGGGAGGGAGGAGAAAGAAAGGAAGAGAGGGAGAUUGAUUAUUUGAACGUCCUGGGCCUUGCAUUCCUUGGAGAAAGACAUUCCUUCUUCAUCCAGAUCGUAAUUUUUUCCUCUCUUUUACUCUUCCACCUUUUCUCGGACUGAAGGCUCGAGGCUUUGUUUGUUUUUCCUCUUCUUUCUUUUUGGGUUAUUCUCACCCAGGAGACGUGCCAACGCCACCACCAGCAGCAGGAGCAGCAGAGGAGGCAGCAGCAGCAGAGGAAUAUCUCCCAAUAUCCCAUCCCGGGCACGUCGGAUAAGCUGCAGCAGCGAAAACACGAGGCGAAUAUUGCGGUGGAAAGAGAACGGGAACAUGCUCCGCGGGAUUUCGUACCCCUCACCCUGGCUGGGUACGGUAGGCGCAAGACUAUACAUGCUGUAAUUUGUCAUUUGGAGAUUUUUCUUUCACUGCAGCGGGGUUGCAGGUUGGGGUUUUGCAUUUGAGUGUGUGUGUGCGUGUGUGUGUGUUUUGCCGUAGUCAGCUUCAGACAGGGUAUUCUAACUCACAAGCAAGCGUUUUUUUCACACUUGCUCUGUAAUUUUCUUUGGUUUUUCCUUCUUUUGCUCCUUGAAUCGGCACACAGAGCAGCUUUUAUCUUGUUCUCUCUUUACGAAAAUACUAAAGGGGGGGCUGGCAGGCGGGUUUGCCUUGAUAAAUGGAGCGUUAUUCAUCAGCGUGUGUGUGAUCACCACUGGAAUGUUAACUAGCACCUUGGACAGCGAACACCACUACAAUCUAACAUGGGGAGAGGAGGAGGAGGAGGAGCGAUAGUACAGAUCUGUUUUACACUUUUAAUAUCUCACCACGGGCUAUAUGUGUGUGUGUGUGUUGUUGGAUGUGUGCGCGUGCCAACACGGAAAUUAAUGUUGCUCUCUUUGCGCGCGCGCGUUUGUGUAUGUGUUAAUAUUCUGCCCUAAGGCCCUAAGAGAGAGAUAGCAGUAUCGGCUGGGGAGCAGCUGUGUGUGUGUGAGUGGGAGGAAGAAAGAUAGAGUGUGUGUAAGCAUGUGGAAGGAUCAAGAAAGUCAUCUUUGAGUGCGUGCGUGUUGGUGUGUGUUAGUUUUUACAAAGGAAUGAGAGAGAGAACAAAGUCAUUGUGUGUGUGUGUGUACGUGUGUUACAGGCUUCCCACCUUAUGCUACAUGCAGGUCAGCAGCCUCACAGUGUAUCCAGGGUUUAAUUAAGCAUGUGACGUGACUCUUAAACACCCCCCACUCCCACCCACUCACCCACCCUCACCAGGUCCUGUGAUCUGCGGAACAGUGUGUGUAGUGAGGAUGUGACAUAUGUCUGCAGCUCGUACUGGGUGCACACACACACACACACACACACUCGCACAUGCACACACAAGGCAUUUGUGUGAGUCUGACACAGCAGCCCUGACAGUCUGACACAGAGUUAAGCUGAGCGGACAACAUCUCGUUUGCCCUAUCUAUCUCUCUCAUAUCUAUUUUUAACGUGAACAGCAGCGAGGUGGCACAGCCUAUUCUCCUGAUGUGAUGUUUAACUGUGUGUGUGACAUUUUAUUUAUCUUACACUGCCAUUAUUCUAAUGAAGACUAAUUAAAUCCUCUCCUCUUGCUUCUCUUUCCAUCUCUUCCUUUCUGUCGCUCUUUUUCUCUUUUCCAGGAGGCACUUUAGGCUUGUUAUGGGGGUGACCGGAAGGAGAGAGUGACAGAGGAACAGUGAUGCUACUGUUUACAUAACGAGAGACUCACUCACACACACACACACACACACACACAUACACACAUAUACACACACACACACUACACUCACACACACUUACACAUACACGUACACAUGCUCAAAUCGCCAGUACAGGACGUACACACUGGCUUUAAACACUUCCACACAUACAUGCGCACACACAGACACACAUUUAAGGGACUCGCUGACUGAGUCACCACACACUCAGAGGCACAGAACCACUGACUCACACGCAGGACCAAACACGGACACGCACACACACACACACGCAGACAUACACAAGAGAAAAAAGGUUGUUUUUGUAAGAGUAAGGGUUGUGUGUUUUGUGAGUGCUAUGGGCCAAACUGAGCAGCAGCUGUGUGUGACUGUUGGAUACCUCUAAAGGGUCAACACCCUUCCCUACUCCCUUUUUCCUCCCCUCGCAUCCCUCUUCUCCCAGCCACCCCUGAACGCACCAUUAUGUCCAAGCUGAGGACCUGGAGAGUUCCCUAUCUGGGAUUUCCAUCCCUCCUCUUCUCCCUCUGCCUCUCCUUCCUUCCCACCCCCUACUGGGCACAGCAGACCGUGCCUGUCAUCUCCACGGCGCAGGGCCGCAUCCGAGGCAUGUUGACCCCGCUGCCCUCCGACCUCUUGGGACCUGUUAUCCAGUACCUGGGAGUACCUUACGCAAGGCCUCCCACGGGGGAUCGCCGCUUCCAGCCACCAGAGCCUCCCCUGCCUUGGCCGGGCAUAAGAAACGUGACACAGUUCGCUCCGGUGUGCCCUCAGUCUCUGGAUGAAAGGAGCAUGCUGGGAGAUAUGAUGCCGUCUUGGCUCACAGCAAACCUGGAUAUCGCGGCCACGUACCUCACUCACCAGAGCGAGGAUUGUCUCUACCUCAACAUCUACGUACCCACAGAGGAUGGUGAGUGAGUGUGUGCUCUCUGAGGAGCUUAAAUGUGCAUGCAGGGUGAGAAUUAGACUUGCAUAUUCCUUAUUGUAUUAAGUCAAAUCAGAGUGGCAGCAAAGUGGUAUUUCGGCUGACUGCAAUGUGAUUUCGAGGGCAAUUUGCCCGUCCAAUAUGAUUAAAACUCAGAGGCAGUCUGUCAGGUCACACACAUACCCUUGUUAAAUAAAUAAACAAAGUGUUAUUUGAAAGGUGGACCCCCUGGACCAAGUACCUCAGCUCCUCUAUUUCGUUUGCCCAUGGUCAAAACAAUACUUAAUAUGCAGACACCUGCGUCAGUCCCGAGGGGGUUACUCUUUUACUUGUGGAGGAAAGUGGGAAGGACGCGCGCUCACUCAUGCAUACAUAUUGGUUCAUGCACAUGCAUGUGAUCCUGCACACACACACACGCACAUACGCACAAUGGCAAGCAUGAACACUCUUACGGCCUCAAUUUAAAUCCAUCUGCUGUGAAAUUAAGGUGGAAUGAUACAAAGUGAAGGUUAGAGAGGCAGCAGCAAAAAAAUGUUCUGCUUUUUUAAAGAGAUAUCAAAAGCUGUGACACACUCAGAAAGAUGAUCUGUCUGUCUGUCUAUCUAUCUAUCUAUCUAUCUAUCUAUCUAUCUAUCUAUCUAUCUAUCUAUCUAUCUAUCUAUCUAUCUAUCUAUCUAAUCACUCUUUCUCCUGUCUUUCUGCAGAUAUCCACGAGGAGGGGGGGCAGCGGCCAGUGAUGGUCUACGUCCACGGGGGCUCGUACACAGAAGGCACAGGAAACAUGAUGGAUGGCAGUGUGCUGGCAAGCUACGGGAACGUCAUUGUCAUAACCCUCAACUAUCGCCUCGGAGUGCUGGGUAAAAUAAUAUAUCUUCUAUAUCCACAUCUCAUUUGCUCCACACCGCAGUGCUUUAUGGUAAUAAUAUGAGUGUAUGUGGCUUAUAUUAUGGGUGUUGCUGCAUUUUAAAUAAACCCCUGUGUCCUUAACUCAUUGAAGCACUCCCCCCUAUAUGUCAUUAACAUAUAAUUUUUCAUUCUUGGUGCAUGUUUUUGACGCCUCUUAGGUUAAUGCCAGUUGGCCUUGUGUAGCUUUUUAUCUGAGAUGCAUAAACACCUGAAAUGAGAGCGCAGUCUUAAGCAGAAGUGGAGGAAACACCUUGAAUAAGGCCAAGAGUGCAGGCCUGUACGAGCUGCAAUCACUAUUUUACAUCUGGAAAUAUUCCAGAAACUGUCAGAAAUAUGGCUGUGCCGUCUGAAGAUUCCUCAUGUUAACGCUGCAUUUAUUAUGUAUCUCUCAUGGUCUUUCUCGAUUGCUUUGGCACACUUCUCAAAAACCUUUUAAAAAAUGUUCCUUUCCCUGAAGAUGCAUUGCUAAAAGCAGUUUACAAAUGCAAUGAAAUAAUAUAUUUUACCUCAAAGGACUUUCAUUCAGCCAAAACUUCUAAUUCAUGCCUUGAAUUGUAUUUGUUGUAUAAAUGAAUAAGUCAUCACGAACCAAAAAGACAUGCUUUUGUGAGACUGUGAAAAGCCCAGCUGCCCAAAAUGUGUAGACGUCUUGUCAGGAUGACAGCAUAAGUGCGUUUUUCAUCCUUUAAUUUCCAAACAGUCAUGUCCUUAAUGUUUUUUCUGUCAUUGCAUGCCAAAUGUACCAGACUGUUGUUUGUCUGAAGCUCACUGAAGGCUUCUGUGAAUCAAAGAUAACGCUCUUCAGAUGCUGAUUUAAAGCUUCUGAGGUUUCACGUCCCAAUUUGUAAUACAAGAGUGGAGUCAAUUUAGUGUUCGUAUCGAACCAAAUUACAACUCAAGCUAUGCUAUGACACUUUACAAAGCAGGAAGUUGAUCUAGUCUGUUCGGGGAAUAUAAAAAAAGCACACAAAUCUAAAUAUAGAUAUAUACACAUAUAGUGAUGGCACACUAUAACACAAUUUAUUUAACAUUAAAGUGGCUAUAUAACUGCACACAACCAUGAAUAAGCCCAAUAAGAUGAAAACCAUAGAAACACCACACAUGUUAAAAAGAUGCACUCAGUAACACUAUAUUAGUCACACAGUAUAUUUCUGCAUGUGUUGACCUAAACAAUGAAAAAUUGUAACACACAGUAUUUAAUGAGUGGAACUAUUCAACUGAGCAGAAACCCAAUUGUCCUCCAUCACAAAGUCUUUCAGGACAAUUAACUGUCAUAUUUUUGACAACUGUGCUCAGUCAUUGGCCUCAGUUAGCCGAAACAUUUACAUGGUAAUGAUGAAUGAGGAGUGCCCUGUUUGUUGCAUGUUAAACAGAAUAUAGUGAGGAACUGAAUAAUUGAAUUUUAACCGUCAUGAUCCAAAGCAGCUGAGAAAAACUGUAAUUUAAUUACAGUUCUGAAUGUUUCACAUACUUUAUAAGCAAAUGCAAAAAAUACAGAUUCGGAACACAGAUCUGAAAGUGAAUCACAUUGUUAUGUCACAGCAAACCACAAAAACCAAAUGCUCAAGAGAGAAAUCUCUGUAGGCCACAUCUGCUGAUUCUGUUAGCCUGACUCACUUUUCUGCUUUUCCUUUUUGUAAGUAAGUAAGAUCUUUAAUUAUUGUUUAUUUAGAGGCUAGAUCUGGUUGAAACAACUUGUUCUUAAGUCUGUGAGUUUUUUAGAGCAUUUCUCUUGAAUAAAGGAACUCUCUUUACGUAGGAUUUACAUACCCUUGUUCCUUUACAUUAACCAUCUGUUUUUGUGUCUCAACAAGCUAUAAAAUGCAGAAAACUGUUUGUGUUUCACCCAGAGUGCCUCUUUGCUUUUUUUUUGGAGUGAGAACAUGUUCAGUAUGGGUGUCCCUAGUGGAAAUAAACCCCCCGAAGCCAAUUUUUUCCACUACUAGCACUGACUCAGAUCUGAUCCUUUUUACCUCCAUGACUCUCUGACUCAUUGCUCUCUGAACGGGGAAAAUCUGAUUCCCAGAGGUUUUUCUAAUUUUAGAAAUCAUGCAAAGCUCACAGGCUGAAUAAAUAGAAAAUCUCAGGGUCUCUGCAUUUAGACUUUUUUUUGUGUGGCUGUAAUUAUAAACAUUAGCAACACUGGGACCCAGAGGGGUUAAAAGGACACCUUUGAGACAUCAUUUCAGGAAAACGUCGAGGGGUUAGUCCUUCAUUUUACUAGAGUCAGAUGCAAGACCAGAGCAUUUUAUUGGCAUCGUACAUCUCUUAUAUUAUUUAGCAAUUCACAUGAAUUUAAAAGGGGCCAGCAGGUUAAUAAAAUGCACAUACACUGCCCUCAAUUAAUGGUAGCACUUUACACAAUUGUACAAAUGAUAAACUUAAGUAAUGCUUUCCUGAUGAAUUUUAAAAGACUUGUAUCCCAACAAGAUGUUAAAGAUCUCAUAGAUGCAACAUAGCACAGUUAACCUGUAAACAGCUCCCUCAUCUAAAACCUUAAAUUCACAUAAGGUGUUUGAAAUGGUCGUUCACUGUUGCAUCAGUUGGAUUUCAGUUUUAUCGAAGUGUAUUUCAGACACUUUUAAGCUCAGCUUUUUUUUAAAAGCACAAAAAUUACCCUUUUUUCUUCAAAUUAAGAAGCGUUUGGGUUCAGUAAAAUUGGUCAGUAAGAUGCAAACACUUCAAUAAAAAACAUAGAUGCUAGGGGCUGUCAAACACUCAUUUCCGUAAACCCCUGAAUUUCAAGAGUUGUUUGCGAAUGAAUUUUAAUCUCAACAUAAAAUUCUGUGAUUUUGCAUAUUAAACCAAUUACUGUUAAGUGUGUGCAAUCAAAUGGGCUGUAUAAUGUUGAAUUUGGAUUAAUUAUUCAAAUUAAUGCUGCACUGCUACACCCGUGCCGUCUAAAACCAUCACUUAUAAGAGACAGUUGCAAAGUGCUCACUCUGUGAAUAACAAUGUUUAUUUAUGUCUUUGGUUGGUGAAAGGAUAACACUGUUACACUCUGAGAAAUAUCCAGGAGUGCAUGUACAGAAUGUCUCGCACAUUUCAGGAAAGUGCACGACAGACAAAAGCACCUCAAAGCUCUGUUGACUUUGAGUGUUGUUUGAAUCUGAGGAAGGUGAAAAGACAAAAACAACCAGUCAGUCAACAUCUGCCAUGGCUGUCUCCAAGACACUGAGCAACAGAAAUCCUUCUCUUAAAACUUCAGCAGUGAAGUGAGAUUUUAGUUCAUUCACAGGUCCGAGGCAAAUGCAUGCUCCAAAAUAGCGCUCUGCCAGGUUUUGUGAUGGGUCCUGCUCCACUUGUUUGUGGUAGCUGAACUUGUAGUACUUUGGUGGUAAUUCAAUUCUGUUGCAUACGACUCCUGACUUGCCAAGUGAGUUGUCCGGAGUUUUUAAAAGUAAAAAGUCCAUUUAAUAGUGCUGUAGGUUCAUGCUCAGAGGCAGCAGAAAGAUGCUGCAGCAGCUUAUUUGGCUCACAGUGAGCCAAAACAGACAAAAUAGCACGAUAUAAAAAAAAAAAAAAGACUUGAAAUCAGAUCAAGAUUACGUCAUGAUUCACUUGUAAAGCCUGAAAAAAUACAUACAUGAAGUGGCUCAAUCAGUACUCUUAUGUGACUGAAAUCCAUCUACCUUGAUCAAAACCAUCAUCAUCAGGGUAUUGUAAGUUGGGACAUUUUGACUAAAGGGAUAAUUUCAAUAUGUGUUUAUUCAGAUCAAACAAGUUUAUGAGACAAACCUGCCUUUAUUCAUCAGUUCAGUCAUCAUGAAUCAAUGCAUGUCUUACACAUACCAUCUGUGCACUUAUCAUAGUUCAACGUCUGCGGUCAUUUGUUUGAGCCUAUAAAGAAUUUAAUGUUCCAUCUUCUGUUGAAUGUGCUUUAUAAUGAGGGUCUAUGUUACAGAAAGUACAUUUGUUAAAGAGGAAAGGCGUUUGAUCAAAUAUAUUGUAUACAGAUUAACCAAGACAGUCUGAGACAGCCAGGUAAAUGAAGAAUUUCCCCAACCUUUGGCUGCUACUUCUCUCUAAAUUAUUCACUGCAGUUAUUCUCUUUUCCUGCAGUUUUAGCACAUUUUGUCAAACAUGUGUACACACAAAGACGAUUAAUACUGUAUGAGACGUUUGUCUUCCAGAGGGAGGCCACUGAGUGGUCCCACUUCUAUUAGACAAAAAGUCUCUUUUGAAAGGCAGAAAAUUUGAUUUGAAGUUUUUUCAAAAGAAAAAACAUGAAACAAAAAACUGGUUCGAGUUUGUAAGACUCACACUGACUCUUUUGUUUCUUAGCUGCUGUUGGCUGUCAUUUGUUAUGAAAUUUACAAGGUGGCGUAAAUCUGCAUCUGCUUAGCGGGUACAGUCUUGGGGAUAAAGUUUCUGCAGCUGAUUCUACAUAUUUCUUUUUGUCAUCUCCAUCCUCUCUGUUUUCAUCACCUACACUCAUCAUCAGUGCCAUCAAUCCAUCAUCCUGAGUAUCAGUGUCUUCCCCGUCUUCCUCCUCCUCCUCCUCAUCGUUACUGUCAUAAUAACAUGGAUGCAUGAGGUGAGUCCACACUGGCAGAGCAAUGAACAACCUUGCACAUUUUUGGCUGGUCUGACUCCAAAUGGAUUGUAGCGUUUUUAUUUUUGUUAAUGUAUAAAAGUUAAAUAAAGAUAUAACAGAAAAAGUAAUCUCAGUAAAAAGCAGAUCAUACAGUUUUUAUGAAGGAAUAAUAAUACCAUAUAAACCAUCGAGUUAAUGAAACAUUCUUAAUAUGUCCUUUUUGCAUGAGAGAAAUUUCUGGUAAAUUGCACAUAAGUGAUGAAAUGUAUUAUUUUCACAGCUCUUUUUUUCUCUCCUGCUCAUUAUACUCUUAUGUGCUUGGGGCUGGCUCGAGGUUCAGAGAAAUUAGCGUCUGCAGUAAUGAGAUAUACAGCAGCAGAGUGAGCCAUUAGGAUCCUUUGUGUUUACUUGACAACGUCAGCAGAAAGGGGAAUAAGGGAUAGCUGCCUUUGUACCUUAAAGUGUGUGUGUGUGUGAGUGAGCUUAUGCUGUGUGUGUGUGUUUAAGUUGAUAUUAACCUACAUGAAUAUUUACAGAGCUUGUUGAUUUGAUCCCAUUUUAGUGGGUUUGAAGGGGAGACUCUCUAUUAAUUUUCCCUUCAACUCAUAAAUAAUUGAUUCAACUGAGUGGAUAUCAUGAUACAGGUUGAGGCAGUCUGAAUGUCUCAUGAUUUUUUCAUUUUUCGCUCAGCGCUCAACAAAGCAAUCAAGCGCUGAUUAAGUCUUUACACCAGAAUACAAUUUGUUCCACUGCGUGUUUUUACACCAUUCCUCUAUCUGUUUGUAGGAUUUCUAAGCACAGGGGAUCAGGCAGCAAAAGGGAACUACGGCCUGCUGGAUCAGAUCCAGGCGCUGCGCUGGGUGAAGGAGAACAUUGCAGCCUUCGGAGGAGAUCCAAACAGGGUCACCGUGUUUGGAUCUGGAGCUGGAGCGUCCUGUGUCAGCCUGCUCACUUUGUCUCACUACUCAGAGGGUAAGGAAAAAAAAACCUGCUUACCACAGUGCUUUUUGUUCAGGAUGAAUUAUGUAAGACAAACGUGUAAAGAUUUAGCACUUUGAAGACAGUCUGGCACCUAUUGUCUCUGUUACAGCUGGCUGUUAUGAGAUUAAGGGUUAUGAAACUUUCAAGAUCUCUGUUUCUUUUUCAUUUACUGGUAUAAAUCAUUUAGUGAAUAAAACAUGGAUGUAGUCUCAGUGGAGGCACCUGCAGAGGUGUUAUGAAGUGUCCACUAUGUCAGGAGUGCUACCUCCAUCAAACUUUCAACCAGGCAAAGAGAUGGAACUGAGACGAGUAUUAAGCCAACAGUCAGCCAGCUCACUGUUCCCCAAAUUUAACUAAUACUACAUAUUUCUCAGGCUUGACAUAGUCUGUAAAAAUCAACAAUUUAAAAAAAAAUUCAAAUUUAAUGAGGCAGUUUUUCAUCGUUUCAUGUUGGCCUGAAUUGUCAACACCUGUAGCGUUGCACAAAUGCACAUACUUGGUUAAAGAAACAGACAGAGAGCUAAACAAACAAACAAACAAACAAACAAAAAAAAAAAACAGAAAAACAUCCAAGUAAGAUAAGACUUUUUUUCAAGAUAAGAUUGGUGUAUUUGUCAUAUGCAGGUUAAACAUAGUCAACAAUGCAAUGAAAUGCCCUGGAUGAGACAACCGCUUGACCCAAAGAAGUACAAAUAAUAUGCAAUAAAGUAUGAAAAAUACAAUGGAAUAAAAAUACAAAAAUAUAUAAAGUAUAAAGAAUUGUUGACAAAUAUUUUAAAUUAAUGCUUAUAAAUAUCAUGAUUGUGUUCCGUCCGAUGUGUACAGCCUCCUCUUCUCGUCAUACAGGCUGUUUAAUCUUAAUAAUGCUCACCUGGAUCGGUCAGUGAUUCAUUGACCAGAAAGCUGAAACCAAACUCUCAUCACCCAAAAAAUCACGUCCAUGGCAAACAGACUCUGCAACUUUUUAAAGAUCAAUAAAUGUCAUGUCUAAGUGUUGAUUUUUUUUUACAUUACUGCAUCCCUAGCAGUACCUCUUACACCAUCUGACACAUUAUAUCUGUUUUUUUUUUUUUUAAUUUAAGAUCAAGCUCGGAAAUGGAUUAUUUCUUAUCUAGGUGUAAUGACUUAUUUUGUUUUUCAGUGAAUGCUAAUUAAAAAAUAAUCAUCAGGGCUCCAGUAAUAGUACAGUACAUUAUAUUUUGAAGAGGUUUGAAUACACAGUGAGUAAAGGUAGGGGGACAGUAAGGAACCUGUUGGCCCUAGUAAAGGUGGGCAUUAUGAAACUUUAAAAAGUCUCCUUGACACCGAUGCAGCCUUUAUUUGUUAAUAUAAAUGCCUGAAUACAUUUUUGAGUCCUCUGAAUAAUACAGCAUGACUCUGACUCACAUAGCUCAGAGCUGCAUUAUUUAAAACAUUUAACCCUUUCCUACUUGCACUUUGAGCUCUCACCAUGACCCGUUUUCCUUGUUAACAAUUCACUUUGGGGAGUUUGGUGCUUUUUUUCUGUUGAAAUGCUUGUUCUGCAUCUGAUUAGGUUUGCAUGUGAUUUGUGUAGCUGUCUAAGUGUGCAAUCAUGUGGUUGUGCACUCAUGCAUAAGUGUGUGGGUGCUUAUGCAUCCAUUAAUGCAUCCAUGUUGAUGCCUUAGAGGAUAGGUUUUAUAAUACACCCCUUAUUUGCAUUCAUGUGUGUGUUCAUGUGUGUCUCAGACCUGUUCCACAGAGCAAUCAUCCAGAGCGGAAGUGCUCUUGCUAGUUGGGCCGUCAACUACCAGCCCAGCAAGUACGCACGGCAGCUUGGUGAGAGGGUGGGCUGCGGCAUUGACGACAGCACCCAACUUGUGGACUGUCUCCAGGGCCGGAGUUACCGGGAACUCGUGGAGCAGAAUGUAACGCCAGCCAAAUAUCACACGGCUUUCGCCCCGGUGAUUGAUGGCGAUGUCAUACCGGAUGACCCCCAGAUUCUGAUGGAGCAGGGAGAGUUUCUGAACUACGAUGUGAUGCUGGGGGUUAAUCAGGGCGAGGGCGUGAAGUUUGUGGAGGGCAUCGUGGACUCAGAGGAUGGUGUCACGGCUGAGGACUUUGACUUUGCUGUGUCAGACUUUGUGGAUAGCUUGUAUGGAUACCCAGAGGGCCGAGACACACUGAGAGAGAGCAUAAGGUGAGCGAGUCUGGGAAUGAUCCAUCUCUGAACCUGUCCUUCAUUACCUCAGGAUGAUUUUGCCCCUUAGGGCAAUGGCCAAUAUUUAGAGGCCUCUGGUGUAGCUGGAAGUUAUCGGGUAAUUGGCACUGGAGGACGUCCUCCUUAGUUGGCCAGUUCAUUAUUAUUGUUGUUGUUAUUUCUAAUUUUAGUUCAUUGCUCUAAGUCUGCUUUCUACUUUAGAUGCAAGAAUGGAGUUUGAGUUAAGAGGCAAAUACAGGACCAGACUGUCAUCUGCUCUCAUGUUUAUAAAAUGAAAAGCUAGACUGUUGGCCUUUGUUUUGGGAUUUUUAAUGAGUUAUACUGACCUUUUUACAUACAAAGUCAACUCAAGUCUGCAACCAAAGCCUGCUUAAUUGGAUCAUUGGUACUUUCAGACCACAAACAGACCGCAAAACACCUGAAAUUCUGCAUUCACAUGAAGAUUUCUGAUUCAGAAUAGUCCAUGUAAAUACAACAUCAAUAUGCUUUUCAGUUUAUUCCUGUAUGUUUGAUUUAAAACUCCAGUUUGGUGCCAGUUUACCCUUACUUAGCCCCUCAGUGGGAAUUAAUAGGAUUUAAAAGGUAACAAAAGCAGCUUACAAGCUCUUUGAAAGCUUAUUUUGACAUUUAACCAUGUUUUUAAUUGGUCUGAGAAUUUAAGUGUGAACUCGACCUUUCGUGGUUGUACAGGGGAUUAUGAGCCGGACUGUUUCUUGGCCUGGGGCUGUGACAUGCUUAAUUCUUGUCAUCACAAUGAACAGCAGCGGAGUCUUGCCAAGAAAUAGUCACAGCAAAACACACUCAGCACAAUAAAAACAUGCUGCAUGUGGUUAGUCACACCAUAGUUAAUCAGUGAGCUUUAAUUGUCCUGCUAAUUUUUUUACCCCCUUUUUUAAACAUCCAGUCUGCACAAAUGCAUGAGUGGUGUCAGUGUUUAUAAAAAGUACCACCAAGAAACCAACAAAAUCAACUCCAAAAAUGUCAAAUUCAUUUAAACUUAAACUAUGAAUAGUCUGUUACCCUAUGAACUGUGUAAAGAUUAUUAUUAUUUUAAUACAGCGCUGACAUUGUUUGAUACAUAAAUGGACUCCACUUUAGUAGACUAACCAUCUGGCUUAUUUGAAAUGUCACCCUAAAGGUUCAUGUACACAGACUGGGCAGAUCGUGACAAUGCUGAAACUCGGAGGAAAACCCUGGUAGCGUUAUUCACUGACCACCAAUGGGUGGCUCCAGCUAUUGCCACAGCUGACCUCCACGCUCAGUAUGGAUCGCCCACCUACUUCUACUCCUUUUACCACCACUGCCAGAGCGACGCCACGCCGCCCUGGGCUGACUCUGCUCAUGGUGAUGAGGUGAGACGUUGGUGUUGUGAUUAUUUUACCCUCAUCAUCAAAGAUAUAAAACAAGAAUUGUAUCCUCAGGAGAUGAGGAAAUUUCAGUGAAGUUUUUACUCAACUGUAAAAGACUGAGGCAGAAAUGGAGAUUUCAGACAUAUUAGUUAAAUGAAUGAGGAGCUUUGGGUGUGGAUGACCUUGGAGUGCUGCUUCAUUUAAAUUCCUUCAAAUUGCUUAAUCAGUGAAAUCAUUUGAAUUUAUUUCCAUUUUUGGGAAAAGAGGGGAGACCUGCCUGCUUGGUAUAUGAGCGUGUAUUCAUAAAUCUUUAGUUGCAAGUUGAGGGGGUGGAUUUCAGUCUAGAUUAUUGGUGUGUACUGUCAGGAUGAAGAUGAAUUCAGUGACCUGAGUUUAGGUUCACCACAGUGACACAUGAGGCGGUUUCUGUCUUCUCUGGGAUGAGGUUAGAGUUUGACAUAAUUCAGUUAUGGUCCUGGUUACUGUCAGGAGAAUGAAUGUAAUCUGUUUGCAUUGACAGUAAGCUAUCCUAACUGCUGUGUGUGUGUGUGUAUGUGUGUGUGUUUGUGUUUGUGUGCAUCUUCUCCUUGCUUGUGUAGGUGCCCUAUGUGUUUGGCGUGCCCAUGGUGGGACCCACUGAUCUGUUCAACUGUAACUUCUCCAAGAACGACGUGAUGCUGAGCGCUGUAGUCAUGACUUACUGGACCAACUUUGCCAAGACUGGGUGAGCUAUUAAAAACUGUCCUCAUGCUUAGCAUUGAUUUUCAGCAAGGAUAACCUGCUGAGAGGAGUUUUUUACACCUUGUGGGGAAAACCAAGAAAACAAGGGGAACAAAGGCACAGCUUCAGCAUGAUUUGUUUCAUAUUUCCAGUUUCCAGACAGUUGGUGUCUUCUGUUGAUAUCCAACCCCCGAACCCCAUGUGGAAACUGUUCAUGUUGGUGAAUGGUGCUCAUGCCAUUAAAUCAUAUUCAAAAUGUGAGAAAAGAGGCACAACUGUCAGCAUUAGUGAUUCUUCAUACUUUUAUUUUUGCCACAGUGCAGAAACAUCAUUUUAGCACCAGAGUAAAAUAUUGCUUUUUUGGUGGACAGCUGAUGUCAGCUCAGAAUGAGACAACCAAGACUCAAUUUGGUUUUAAUGCCAAGACUGAAGUUUGUGAUGCCAGAGGGAUAAAACAGAUGAUGCCUUUGCGCUUUCCACUACUUAAAGGUGCAGUGAGUAGAAAUUUUAAUACUAAGCAGUCUCUAACAGUCAGAUUUCAGACUGAAUGAUCCCCUUGCUCACCCCUCUUAUUGGUGAAGUGACAGUGGCCUGAUCCACCAUUUAUCAUGUUUUUUUAAACUUAUAUCGGGGCAAAGUCUGAUAUGCACAACUCUUCUCCCCAUCUUUCAUCUGGUGCGUUUCUCAUGGCCAGUUGCUGUAUUAAAAAUGGCCAUGUUACAAGUCAGUCUACUCUGUGCUGAGGUAGAAACAUGGUAGUGCAAGAUGGUGGCUCACGUAGAAUGCAGCUCAAUCUGGACUCAAACUAGACAGCCUUUACAUUUGGAUGAUCAUACACUUAUUAAACAUUAUUACAUUAUUAUAUUCCAUUUCUACUAAUUGUGUUUCUGCUAAAUAAUGCUAAAUUCUACAUUCUGCACCUUUAACAUAUUUCUUAAUGUUAGAUAUAUGUGACAUGAUAUUGACGGAUACCGACUUAGUAUCCGUGGUGCUGAACUGCUUUAAAGGGAUAUUCCAGCAAAAAUUUAAGUUAUGGCUGACUCAUCAGGGUUAGGGUUAGGGACCAUAAGCAAGCGGCUCCUGGAGGAGAGUAGGUGAGUUGUGUUUAGUCUCUUUGCUAAAGAAAUCAGGCAAAGUUAAAAAGAUGUUUGAUGGCUAUUGCUGUGGCUGGGACCCUAUAUGUACUGUUGAUGAAGUUAGGUGCUGUUCUGAGCAUUAUUUGUGGCCAUAGAGUGGCUUUUUGGUUGAGAUUUGCACGUGGAGACAUAGACAGCUGUUUAUUGCUAUUGCACGGUCGUUGCUGAAGUUGGUACAACUAGAGAAGCAAGCAGUCGGCAACAUUCAUCUCUCGGGGGGGUGUCUUACUCGUAUUACAGUGUGUUUGACCAUAGCUUAAAUUUACGCCAGAAUAUCAGUUUAAAUUUGUAUUGUUUUAUUAUUAGAGGCCAGGUAGCCUCAUGUUUAUGUUGGUCUCUUGGUUUGUUAGAUUUUAUGUUUGUUUGAUUGACUUCAAAUCGACAGAACCAUGUGUAAAUGAUGCAAUAAUGCUCGUAAGCCCUGCUGUUGUAGCCAUAUGUAUGUAAGCGAUAUUAUCAUGAGCCUUACUGGGUCCCUGUCAUGUGUCCUGCCCCUAGCCUGGCAUUGAUUUGUUCUGCUAAGGGAGCUGGAGUUAGAAUUUGAAGGGUAAAGCCUGUUGGAGUUUUCACAGUUCAGUUUGAAUACAUCUCUUUCUUUUGCUGUCAGGAUUUUCUUUUGAGAUGAGUAAUGUCUCAAUAGCAAAGAAAAACUGUUCUUCCAGGAUGAGAGGUUUCAUUUGAAAUGUUGAUUUAAAACCAUCUCUGGCUUAGAUUUAAUGAUUUAUAAGAGUGAGACACAGGAGUUUUAGAGCAACAAAAAUAAUGAGCUCACAGGAAAAGGGGAUGUAUUUAUAAUGCAUUUUCCUUUAAAAGACCCGUGGUAUCUGACAGAAAGACAAAGCUUUGUAAUAGUCAUUAAAAAAUAAGAGCUUUACUGGUUUUAGAAAAAGGGUGCACACAGGUUCUCUGCACCAUGACAGUAUCUUGACAAGGCUGUUCCUCUCUGGACCUUGGCAAGGGACGAUAAAUAACCUUACUAUUAAGAAAGUCCUUAAAGAAAGCCAAGGUAAUGUCCUCAAAGAAGAAUGAAGGAUCAGUCGCUGUUUGACAAAUCUUUUCUCUCUUUCUGCGCCCUCAUUCGGCCCAAACUGGUGCAAUGAGAUAGAGAGCUUAUUCAAUAUGUUAAAUCAAAAUUUAAAUUAUCUGCCAGCAGCUCAAAAAGCUUUUAGAGAUCCAAUUUAUUAAUUGAAAGUGAAAUGAUGUGCCAGAAGCAGAGGAAACUACAGUUGUUGUAGAAAGGAUCCACGUUAAAACUUUAAAAAGCCGACAGUGAGCCCUGAUAAGAGUACCUUUUAUCUGUCCACUGUGACAUGAUAUACAAGAUAAAAGUAAUUGUUGAGGAUGGACCCUCUGUUUGCAGUGCUCGAAGAGAGUAAUUACCCGUAAUUAAUCCAAUCGAGGCUCACUCCGCUGAGACCUCUUCAGAUUUACACAGACAUCUGUAGUCUAGACCUUGAUCUAAAUCACCACAGAGCCUCCCUAUCUCACAGCAUCCAGAAUCAGGACAGUGCUCUCACAUAUUUAGAGUAAGGCUGCACAAAAACACCGUCUUUCACUCGUGCCGGCGCCAGGGAAUUGUAAUUUAGGGAGCUUUUUCGGGGCUUGAUUGUUCGCAGCUUUUGUGAGAGGAUUUUGAAAGAGCUGGCUGAUAGUGUUGCUGCAGAAAAACUAGAUUCAGUCAUUUCAGGUACACAGUUGAAAAGCAAAUUUUAUACAGAACAACAAAAGCACAAUUAAUUUCAUUUAAUGAGUGUGCAUGUCAUCAAAUACAUACUAUUUCUAUUCAACAACAACACAAUUCAAGUCAUUAUCACUACAAAAAUGGAUCUGUGGAUAGAAAAAAAAAACUUGUAUAGCUCAGGUAAUUAUAAAUAUUAUACGGUGAGUUUGUGUAUCUCUUCUACAAAACAAUCCCAUUAGAUUUGAAAUGUGAUGGCUCUGGUCUGACUCAGAGAUGAUUCCUUAUUUUUGCAUUCAGUUCAAUUGAUUUGGUGCAAUUUAAAUACAGAGUACUACUUACUUUAUUAAUCUAAUCACCACAAUUAGUCAUUUUAAAUGAAAAUUUUUUCGUCAGUAUUUCUUUUCCAACAGAAAGAUAACCCCCACCCCACAGUAAUGGUCAUAUGAGAACAUAAACCAUGAUGACUCAAAUGAUAUUGAUGAUUAGAACAGACAAAACACAGGUACACUGGAGAAUCAUGUAACAUCACGUUAGUUCUCUCUGGUCUGCGGAGAAAACUCACCAAGGAGGGAUAAAAAGAUCUCAGUGUUCAAUUCGAUUAUCAGCAGGGGAACUUUCUCUGGAAAGAUUUCACUUGGUUGAGAGUGUCUCAGAUGGUGAUGGAACUCUGCGACAGCUCAAUUUAACAGCAAGGAUAUGAUUCUCCCUGAUGUAUGUUUUGUAAGCCUCCAUGUGGGUGUGCAAAUCCUCAGCUGCUCUGUGUCUGUUUGCAUGCCAGUGGGUCUUUAUGCUAGCUGCUUUUUUGUGCACUUCAUAAGGUGCUGAUUGACAAGUGAGCACAUAGCAUGUAACUGGCAAGUCUGCUUAGAUGAGCUGCCGUUUCAUUUACAUCAUUUUCGCUGCCGGCAAAAAUGAAUGGAUAAAUCAUCAAAUAGAUGCCUGUCCGUUUGUGUCAGAGGAAAGAUACUCCAGGAGAUUCUCACUAUACCACAACACAUAGUUAUCCUCAAAUGGAGAUACCUAACAGUUUUAUAUUUUCCAGAGGGGGCAAAUAUCCUCACAUUGUUCCAUCUGUAGGAGUUGGGGUGCAUUUACUGAGGCAUAUAAACUGGACACAAAUCAGUGAUCUGCAGCUAAAUCCGCUUUGAGCUAUGUUUACAAGAAAAUAAAACUUGUUUUUCCUUUAAUAAUAUUUUGCCACUGGAUUUUCUUAUCUCCCUAGAUAUUGAUUUGAAAGAUGGAUGCCAACACUAGAGAAACUCUUGGCCUGCAUGGGAAAAAACUCACUCUUGUGAGGUUGGUAGGCAGCUGAGAAGAGGUGUCAGCAGCUUUGAUAGCCAGAGUGUAGGCAGAGACCACAGAAUGGAUAUACACAGAAAGUUGAGGCUGAUUACAGCAGGAGACAACGGUCUAAGCAUUGAUCACUGAGUUAUUUCAUUUUGGUCUCAUGAUUUGGGCUGAUGACUUUUAUGAGACUGACAUUUAAAGGGAGUCUGUCAGCAGUAGCCUACACAUUUUUAUGGACAGAUCGAGGAGGGCUAACAGAACAUGAUCCAUUUUGGGAAAUAUAUUGCUGGGGCAAGUGUUGUGGUCCUGGACAAAUAAUAGAUUGAAUGAAAAGCCCUGUGACCUUUCCCUGCUGUACAAAUGUUUCCAUUGUGAUGGAAAAGUCUGUGCUGGAGGGCUGAAAUAAAGACUUAGUUGUCAGUGAUGUUUGACCAAAGAAAAAAAAGAGGCAGCAGCUCUCAUAAACCUGUGCACUUCUGUCUUUAAACCUCAGUGAUCCGCUUUUUUUGUCACUCACAUGUCAUCUUAAGAAAAAGAUGACAUGUGAGACUUUUUCUGCCCUAUCUGGUUUUGGCAGAUGGCUGUCCAUCAGUGCGUAUGGUUCUGUUUGGGAUUUCUGCCUGAUAAAAUAGGCGUCUACCAUGCUGCUAAGUGCAUGCUCAUUUAUGGUUUUCUGUACAUAAGUACAUGAAAAUGUUAUGGGAUCUUAUUACAACCUGUAGGGGGUCUUAUUCCCAUAACCACCAGAACCAUUAUCCUGCUUAUCACCAAGUGACCGACUAAAGACGAAAACAAAAUGACACAGACUAUUGAUUUGAGGAUGAUUUUACUAAACCAGAAUUGUUAUUUAAGAAACAAUCCCUCCAAUCUUUUUUUAUUUUACUCUGUUGUGUUUUGCAGCUCAAAGAUACACUCACCAGUUCUGCUGCCAUUGCCUGGAUUUCAGGACAGAAUCUAGCAAAGCAGCCAAACCAGCCCAUAAUAGAAAAUGACACCUUUCCCAACAUGUUUACUGAUUUUUAAUGCUUGAACUCCCACUUCGAUUGUUUUUUUUAAAUGAUUUAAAGUGUUCUCAGUGGUCUUUAAGUUGUGAUUAUGAAGUUUUUAGCUCCAGUAGGUCAUUCACAAUUCACCUCUGAGUCGUGGGUGGAGACAGCGCUGUUCUGCACCCUCCUCUUCAAGCUAGCUUGUAGCCUAACAUUGCCAGUACAGCAGAAGUAGCAGGUAAUAUAGGAGCUAUUCAGCUGUCCUUGAGGGAAAGACAAACGUUAAUAUCAUAAUUAGCUUUCUCAAGCAUUGCAAUCCGCUAACUCACUAAUUGUUCAGCUAUUGUCCUUUUUACUUCUUAAAGUCUGGCCUGCAUAGUGGGGCUUCGGCUUCGCUUGAAAUUGUGACAGAAAAUCCCACUGUGUCUGGACCUGCUGUUUGGGUUUGCCAGAGAUUCACAGCAAUUUGAAUGAAAAAAUACUUAGAAAUGCAAUUUCGCACUUAUUUUUCCCAUGAUACGUCCUGUAGCAUCAGGUAAAUGCCAUAUGAACAUGUAGACAACAAGAAAAACAUGAUUUUCAUCAGAGUGGGUCUAAACUAAAUUUGUUACGCUGACACCAACACGCAGAGGUAUAAUAUUCUGGACUUCUUUUCAGUUGGUUAAUUGGAUAUGAUAAGGUUUUCCUUGUUGUUGCUCUUGCCAUUGACAACUUAGUAGGGUCUUUAUUUGUUUUUGACCUGUAAGAACCAUGUGUUAAACAUAGCAGGAUCAUAAUAUUACUUAAAGCUCCUGUUCCAGUUAGUGUCAACUUUGGCGCAACCCUGUGGAUAAACAAGUCUAUGCUUCUCAAUCAAUCAAUCAAUCAAUCAAUCAACCAACCAAUCAAUCAAUCAAUCAAUCUUUAUUUAUACAGCACCAAAUCACAACAGUUGUUAUCCUAAGAUGCCCCUCAAAAAGGCAGGUCUAGACCAAACUCAUCAUUUGGUCUAGACCUGUUUUCUUCUCUUGUCCUCUACAUGCUUGAGUAGUUAUUUAUGAUUACAAACCUCCCCCUGCUGACUUUUGACAGUCAGAUGUAUGGUUUAUUAUAUUUAUCUUAUGAGUGAAUUUUGAAACAGGAAACAGUUUCCUCAGCUGCUGUGCUGACACCUACCCCCUCACACCAGUUUCGGACAAUAAAAAAGUUAAAUGUUGUGUCUCUGGUGUUUUUUUUUUUUUUGCUUUUGGAUAUCACAAAAAAAGCUUGAGUAUAAAUUUCAGUCUAUUUCAUAACCUUAAAAAAACUCCUCAUGGAAGCUUUAAAGCAGUGUAAAAGCUGUCUGGACUAUAUAAAGAGUACUUUUGAUAUGAUUCAGUUAAAAAAUAUAUAAAUAUCUUAUUGUGUGUCUGAACUGGGCACAAUCCCAGACCAUUUGGGUUCCCAAAAGUUCAUGAGACCUGCAUCCAUGAUAUAUAGAGGAGUUUUCAUACAUUCAGUGAAAAACUCAUCAUGCUGGAUAGCACUUUUGCCCAUUUUUUAAGAUAAUAAUGCAUUUUAAAGUGUUUUGUUUGCCAUCAGAUAUCACUGUGAUGAGGUUCUGUGAUUCACCUUAAAACAGUUUUUACAAAUACAUUUUAUACUCAUCCUCUUGUGUUUUCAUUUGGUUACAGCUUCAUGUAGAAUAACAGGUUCUGAGGGGAUAAAAAGAAAUGUCUUGCCAACACAAAUAAUUAAUCCCCCCUUUUUGCUCUCUGUAAAUUAUAAAAAACUCUUACAUAACCACCACAACCACCCGCAUACCACUUCAAAGCAAAUGAAUACGUUUCUGUGUUUCACUCUUUCCAGUGACCCAAACCAGCCUGUUCCUCAAGACACCAAAUUCAUCCACACAAAACCAAACCGGUUUGAAGAAGUGGCCUGGUCUAAGUACACUCCCAAAGAGCAGCUGUACCUCCACAUCGGCCUGAAGCCGCGUGUUCGAGACCACUAUCGCGCCACCAAAAUCUCCUUCUGGCUCCAGCUGGUCCCUCACCUUCAUCACGUCAACGAGCUCCUCCAAUCAGUGUCCUCCUUCACGCAUAGUCCCUCUCCGCAGGAUGACACUCCUUACUCUUACACCAAGCGGUUAGCUAAAGGUUGGCCGCCCAGCAGCACACGCCACCCAGGUUCCCAAGGAGGUACACCGCAGCCGCCAGAGUCUGUUUUAGGCCAAGGUGGAGGGGAAGAGGGGGUCCGUGUGCCGAAUGAGGACUACUCAACAGAGCUUUCAGUGACGAUCGCAGUAGGAGCUUCACUGCUGUUUCUAAACAUCCUCGCUUUUGCUGCUCUGCUCUACAAGAAGGACAAGAGGCGUCUGGAGCACCGCCGACCACGCCCACUUCCUCCGCCCAGACGAGACAUCACAGCUGCUGAUGUCGCCGCACACCUGCAGGGGGAGGGACUAAUGUCACUACAGGUGUGUUUCAUUUUCUUAAUCGUGCAUGUGUGUUCUUCUGUAGCCAUAAAACUUCACAAUAACGAUAAAAGUUGUAUCACACACGUCCUGAAAAGUCUUGUCACACACCCAACCAGCUGAGCAUGUGUGAAAAAGUCUGAAUGAACUGUGUAGAAGCUGCCAGCAGAGCACUAUUAUGAAACACAGCCUGUCAUCAGCAGACACUAUCAGAGUCAGUGUGUGUGUGUGUAUGUGUGUGUGCAUCUGCCAGUGUGUUUUGAUGCAUGUGCAGUGUGAGCCGUGUCCAAUCGCCUGAAUUGCUUCCAAUUGCCACCAAUUCAUCCUCUGACUAUUUGGCCUCUUUUGAGCUCUUUUAGUUGCUCCGAAAUCUCCCACAGUGAGUGCUAAAUGUCACAUCUCCUUUGUAGCUGACAAAUCCUCUUAAUUGGAAACUGAACUAUCGUAAUGUAGCUCAACGGUGCAGCUGCUUUUUGUAAUUGUGUUUUAUUUAUUUUAAAUGUCACAUCGGUUCAUGUGGUGCUGUGUGCUGCUUCCUGCACCAAUGGUACAUCUGAAGUGACAAGUAAAAACCCAGCAGUCUCUUGGUAUUGGCACACAUUAAUGUCAUGUUGAGUGUUUCUAUUUUGUGAAAAUGGAGAAAAAUGCAAUCCAGCACAAAUGUCUCUUUCAGUUAAACAGAUGGGCUUAGUUUAUACUAAACAGCAGCGAUCUACUUUGAAUUGGAUUUUAGCUUUGGAUGUCCUGUUUGAAGUAGUGACUGGUUUGGCUGUGAGAUGUUGGCCGUAAACUAGGAUUGUACAGCAUGUCAUUCAUCAAACCAGCUGGGAUGCUGGUAAGCACUCCCUUUAGUUUUGAGGUUAAAAGCAGAUUUUUUUUCUGAUAUUUCUGCAACUGAAAUGAAAUUUUGUGAAGUUAUCUUCAUCUUUAAAGCCACUGGCUUAUAAAACGUAACUUUCACCAUGCAUUUCCCCUUUUACAAGAUAGCUUUGAGUCCUUACAUGAGGAAAAUAGGUAGCCUGUUGCUUAGAAUGAGGAAAACACUUAAGAUAGGAUUAUGCACUACAAAUAGUCAAAUCUUAGCAAGAGUUUUUGUCUUAUAUCUGGUAAGGAUGUUUGAUUUAAACCAAAUUCACCAGGCAAGUCCAUAUUGAUUGUUUUAUUUCAAAAUAUGAUGCCUACACUUUAGAAAUAAGACCCAACAGCUGGUCAUGAGUGAAAAAAAUCCGAUUUACAUUUUUUAAGUUCCUCAAAAUGUAAAUCUUUAUUCCAUUUGUAGAUUGAAGUAAUCCAGGUUUUAUUUUACCUUAAAAUAUAUAUAUAUAUGUUCUUUUUUUCUGGGCUUGUCUUUUGAAUGCUGCUUAAAUUACACAUAAUAAGACAGGUUUCCACCCAAAAUAAGACAAAAGACUUGCAGGUCUAUUUCAUAACUGAACACUGGAAUAAACUAUGAAACCUUAACUGUCACGAUUGUGUUUGAAGGGGAUUUUUAAGGUGCUUUUUAUAUCUGGAACUUUGGAAAAGUUGGUCUUACACAGGGGUUGUUACAUACUGUGGCUUAGUCUUAUGGACAUAUGUGAACUGAACUAUUGCAUGUGGAGGAAAAGAAGCAGCAGAGCUCACCAAAGAGAGGUGGUCUCGACUUGCCUUUGUUUGAAGUGUGGUGUAGUGGGAAUACAAUCACUGGAGUAACUGGAGCAAGUAGCUGCUUGACUCAUCGCACCAGCAGCAGUCAUCUGAUGAUAAAUGCAGUAAAAUAGCCACCAGGCGAUUUCAGUUUUGAGUGAUAGUUUGCAUGAGAAUGGUGAUAGGCCGUGUUGUUCACCAUCUCUGUACAAGUCGACACCAGAUGAAGUGUUGGGUGUAUGUAAGAAACCUCUGCCGGUUCAGUUUAGAGAAUUUUGUCCAGCUCCUCAUAUCAGGGAAAUUUGUCAUUCCCAUCGAUAAAGCCUCCUCUUUUGCCAAGCUGGUCUCGUACUUUUACACCCUGCUGUUGGAGUUUCUUGGCUUUUUGCUCAGCACUGUUUGACAGAGUAGUUAAGCUGACUCACCAGGCUGUAAACUUAUGGAUUUUUGAGAGUAGUAUCCAACAUGUGACAAAAGAAGAGGCAUUUGUAUCUCCUAAUCCUCUGCAUCAGACAAAGUAAAUGGGCUACAGAUGUGAAAAUAUCUUUGUUUUUAUCAUAAUUACAAGCAACGUUAAAAAAACAAGUAGUGGUUAAUUAAAAGGAAAGUAAAUGUUUUGUUUGUUUAAGUAGCUCAGGGCUGUCCACGAUAUGUUAGAAAAUAUAUCUGAUUCAUCGACAGAGUCACUCUGUUAGAGUUGAUGUUGGCAGUUGUAUAGUUUAUGACUGUUUUAUCUGAAGUGGAUUUUAAAGUUUAAAAUCCAUUAUACUCUCCUAUUCUGAUUUCAUAUAACUUCAGGUAAAUUGCAUGACAGUUUCAGUGACGGAAAAAAAUGGUAUUCUUCCUUUUAAAGGUGUUUAGACUGAUAAAUAACAGCAACUCAAAGUUUUUCUUUAAACUUAAUUUUACUCAUGAAAUUGUUGAUAAUUUUAUUAUAUUGAAUCUGGCCACAAACAAAAGCCCUGCAAUAACAGUCUGAGAUUUAAUCAGGGCUGAAAAAGCAGUUUUUCUGCUUAACUGACAGAAAAUAAAUCUGCAGUAACAUUUUUCAUACGGAUAAUUGUUUUGUCUUUCUUUUGCUCAAUACUGCAGAUUUUCUGCUCUCUGUGUUUAUACGGGUGGAUGACCUUAUAAAGCAUCAUAGAUGACAAACAAAAAAAGAUUUAAUUAGUAAAAGAAUCAUUUUUAAUUUGAUAACUGGAGUAAACAAUCUUUCUUGUACAUGGAAUAGUUGUAACUGUAGCUGCUGUAUUUUCAGGUUUUCACAUUUUGAGCCAAACCUUAAAAAUUUCAAAUGGUGUGGUUGAAGACUGCAUUGCUUUUUAACUUUGGGAAAUAACUGUGAUUUUUAUACAUCCAUAAAUUCUUGGAACUGUAUGACUCAGUGAAGUUUGUCACCAAAGUCCAUGUCUCACAGUUAAUUUAGAUCCAUGUGUCUGGAGCUCUCUGUGAUGUGCUCACUAUUCGUCUUCGACUUUAACUCUUUUCACAGACAUAAAAGUUGUGACAAGUUGUUCUUAGCAGUGACAAGCCUAAAUUAUUAUUAUUAUUAUUUUUUUUUUUUAACAGGGAACAGUUUUUAAUAUUAGAAACUGAAUGACGGGAAAAAGGUUUUAGAUGUGUCUCACUAACUUAACUAACUAGUGAUGGGAAAAUGUCCUUCGUUCUUUGUCACACCAAGAUGUCACGAAGGGACAAGAGCUCCAUAUAAACCAUUCAAGAACUAAUGUAAGAUUUAUCGAACUCCCUCUCUUUGACCAGUGAAGCAGACUUGAUUUGACACGGUUACAGUAGUUCAAGACUUUUUAUCUAAUUUUUCAUUUUUUGUGUAUGACAGAAAGAACAGAGGAAGAGAAAUGACUUAAAGGGGGUUAAGACAAAAAAAUGAACAAUGAAAGGGAUCCAUGUAGAGAGGAGUUCAGCUAAUGCCCCUCAACAGGGGCGUAGCACCAAAUUCUGGGCCCCUGUACACUCUAAAAACAUCACAAAAAAUAAAAAAAUAAAAUAAAAGACAAAAAUCAAGGCUUUCGUGGACCUCUCUCCCUACUCCCCCUACUACCAUGCCCAUUCCCCCCAGUAUCAAAUUAUACUUCGAAUGUUUGUUAAAUCAUAAAUGACUAAAUAACUCCUGCUGUGGGGUUUGCAUUGUUAUCUAUUCAUGGUUUUAUAGCUCUAACAGUGAUGAGAUUGACACAUGAUCUGCAGAAAACAUGUAAAUGACUGAUAUGAGUCUAUACAAUCACAGAUCUAAAACAGGCUCUAAGAUGGGAGGUUAUUUUAGAAUAGCUCAAAGACAGUUUAUUAAUGUCAUUAGCGAGAGCAUGAAUCUUGACUCAUCUAAAUUAAUUUAUAACUGCUUUAAAAACAACAAUAAAGCUCACUUACAGUAAUGACAAGUUUCAGAUUUUGUACAUUUAUGGUAUGGAUUUUAAGUGUUUUUUUUUAAAUCUUCUUCAUUUGCUUCUUCACAUCAGUCAGACAUUUCAGAUGAAUAUAUCAUGAAGCUGAUCAGCUGCUGGAUCAAAAUUCACCAUGUUGAAGAUUUCUUGCUCUGAGUCUGAUUUUGGUUCAUUCUCCCUUCACUUAGUUUCUUCUUCUUCUCUAAUGGUUCACUUUUCUUCUCACCAAACCUUUCAGGUGAAGCAGCUGGAGUGUGAUGUGGCCUCAGCAGAUGAGAGGAACAACGCUCACCACCAUCACACUCUGGACACGCUGGACGCUCUGGACGGUUUGGACACCCAGGACAUCUACAGCACACUAGACACUGUACGCCUCACCUGCCCGCCUGAUUACACUCUCACCUUGCGCCGCUCACCUGACGACGUCCCUCUCAUGACCUCUCUGACCCCGGGUUCAUUGCCUGUGACCCCUGGGUCGCAUCCCGUUACCCCGGCGACGCCCAUGACUCCCAUGACGCCUGGAUCAGUGGUGGGGAUGAGGAUGGGGCAUCCGCACCAGGGAUACACACAUCAUAGCCCAUAUAGUAAUACACACUUGCCACACACACAUAUCUCCACACACACACAUUCCACCACGCGUGUAUAACCGCAGCAAGAUACAGAGACAUAAUUACAACACUUACACACAUAAACACACACACACACACACACACACACACACACACACACACACACACACACACACACACACACACACACACACACAGGCAUAAAACAAAGGACUUAAAUACCUCUACUAAUUACCCUGCAGGAUUGUUACAGAUGGAGUGAGAGAGAGACGUUUCCAGUAACAGGAUGAAGGGACAGACAGCUGUGUGUUGCAUGUCGGGGGACUUGAAGACAAGCGGGAUCCUGGGAGAUGCAGUUCUAUGCAUCAUUUGCUCUAAACCCGGAACAAGACAAGCCAAGACAUCCAUGAAGUGUCUUGAUUCCUGCUUUGGAUAUUAAAUCUCCUGCUUUUUCUACACCUGAGGAGGAAAAGGAGGAAUUCUGUGCCACAAAGGGUCAGUCAUGGAUCGCUUUACAUCUCCUGCUGCACCCGUGCUGCACAGUUGAAGCAGUGCUGAGAUAGGGCAGAGCAGACGUAGAUGCAGAACUGAACUAAGAAGUACCACACACAGACUGCUGAUGUCAACUUGAACAACCUGUGAAAUGUGAAUGUAGCAUUUUUUUCCAUUAAACGAUCAAAGGCCCUAUCUGCCAAGGAUCAAACAAAGCUGAGGAGAAAAGAACAAAUUCAAAGAGAGUGCGGGGUAUAAAAUAGACCGACAGGAAGCAGGGGAUUAAAAAAAAAAAAAACAACAGUAGCUGAGGAAAAGUUUGUCAGAUGGUGGAAAAGAGAUUAGGUUUAUAUUAAGAAGGGAUUUAUCAGCUGAGAGGGAGAGAGACAAAGUGAGAUUGAGUGAUAUGGAAAACACAGGAGUGCAAAGUGUGCCAAGAGACAGGAAUUAGCUUCAGAAGAAGAAAGGGCCUCUGAAGUGUUGGCAGACUUUCUGAGGAAUCACUCUAACCAGCUAUGUGUUCAACUCUUGUAAAUAGAAUGGAAAGAUACAGAUGAUAUAUUAUGAUUUAUAGCAUUUACCUGCUCUUGCAUUAAAACAUGACUUAUUUAACCACAUUAUUGCUUUCAUUUCAGAUAUUUACUAUAUAAUUGUAUAGAUGUCCUGAAGCAAGGCUGGUUGUCUUUCUAUCUCACCCACUGUAGUAUGUACACAGUACCUUAAUUUAAAGGCUUAUUUGCUAUGCACAGUCAUUUCAAUAGUCAUUUCAACUCUGUAAACAUCCAGAUACUUGUUUAGUAGUUGAAGUGUAAGACAUUUUCACACCAUCCUGUCUAUUUGUUUGACCAUGGGGAUGACAAGCUCGUACUGUGUAGAUAAUGCAAUAAUGGUUUGAUGAUUGAGCACCAGCCAAAAAACCACAACCCUUAACCCUUUUAACCUGAUCCUGUCCUGUUCACCCUUUGACCUUACCUCUUAAGUUUUUCUUUAAGGCCUUCCCUUUAAAUAUUAGGAAAAAAUAUCUAAUUAAUGUCCCCACAGAGAAACAUUUGGAGAAAAUCCAGGAGGGGUUUAGUCAUGGUGUGUAACAAAAAGAGUGUUUUUAGAUUAAUUUUUUUAUUUUUUUAUUUUUUGUGUGUGACCUUUACGGUGUAUUGGGGCUCUAAACUACCUAAUGCUGACUGAAACCUCAACCCUUUGAGAGGUUUUGAAAUAAAUCCAUUUAUAUAUCAUGAAAAUGUUAUAUCUCUUUUUCUAAAACGAAGUAUAGAAUUAAAAAACAAACAGUGAAUGUAUGUUAAAACGUUUAAACUGAAUUCGAUGCUCCACCACUCAAGAUUUUGUCAUUUACUUUGAGACAGAUUUGAUUAACUGUGUCUGGGUUUCAGCCCAAAAACAGCUGAGAAGGACUGAUCAUCUUGGCUUUGUUGUUCUUUACUUUGUUGGCCAACUCUCUCGUAGACAUAUUGCUUUAAGCUCUAAUAUGCUCUUAAUGGAACAACAUUUUUGGAGUUACCCCUUUAAAGCUUUAAAAUUAAGUACUGAAGCUCCAUUAAACAAGUGGUGUCAAAAAAUGAGACUUUUUCAGACGAAUGUUGGAGUUUUAUUCUUGCUUGUGGAGGUGUGGUGGUUGUUACUGCUGUGUGUCAUCACUUUAAAAUUCACAGCGCCAAUUUUCGCCCAUUCACAUGAUGAAGCUGUGGUGUUGUCAUAGCCGCCACUCAAAAUGAGGAAAGGUUAAAUCCAAUCCAUGUGGUUGUUUUUGUACAGACAAAACUCACGCCAACAAAUCAACUCAUUCCUGCAUCUAACUUAAGGCCGUGACCCCUUCAACUGUAACUUCCUGUUUUACCUUUCUGUAUCCUUACCUGCCCCCCCCCUCCCCAGCCUUACCUGUGCGACUACAUGCAGCUUUGUCACAGUGAGGCCUAUUUAACCUCCUCUCAUCCUAAGUAACUUCUUCAUGAGAGAUAUUUUAGUUUAUUUGUCAACAGAGUACAUGAAAAUGAAAGCUGAACAUUUUGUGGAUGGCAAGCAAAGGACUUUUACAAAAAUGAUAUAAAAAUAAUGUUUAAUGGAUGUUUGACUGACUGAAUAUUUUUUUCAUAUGGGUUUAUUGACUCAGCGGUUGGCUGGAUUGUGUCAAGCAUAAAACAUUUCUGCUGCAUUUUUGAAAAUAAAAAUAUCAGUAUUUUACAAUUUAUGAGCAAUUGACAUGUCUUGUAUGUCUUGAUUUGAAUAACAACAACAACAAUGAUAAUAAUAAGAAUAAUGUUGAUGUUUGCAGAAGUUCAGAGGGUUAAAGGCUUUGGUCAUCACAUCCUUCAGUUUACUUAUUGGGCUGAGCUCUUACAUUAUGAUAGUUGAACAUCUACAUCCUUAGAGUCAGUUCUCUGAGUUUGAAGCUCAGCAAACAUUUGAUUUGUUACAGAGGAUAGGCUGCUUGCCUGGAUUAAUCUUAAGAUAAGGGGAAAAAAUGGCUGACUGAUUAGUCUUUGGUUUUAUUUAGGUUGAUAGUAAAAUAAAAAAAAGAGGUUUUAUGGCUCCUUAGGGUCUCUAGCCAGACUAAAAUCGAAGACCAGAAGAAGUCAAGGUACUUGGCUUAGAAAUUGUCACGCCUGUUUUUCUCUUAACACCUUAGAACUCUCGGUUUCUGAUCAUUUUAAUUAAAAAAUGUUCCUAAAUCUUUUAAGUUGCGAGCAGGUGAGCUUACCAAGUGGAUUUGCGAACGUAUGCUACUUGGGGAUGAAAGUUGAAAUGAAAGUUGUCUUCAUGUUCUCGUCAACUCUCAUUUGAAUAAAACAAAUUUACUGAAAAUAGAUACUAGUUUCAAAAAGCACUGGAAAAAUCUGUUCAUCAGGGUUGCAUAUGUUAUAUAAUUACUGAAACUACUGCAGCAAAAUCAGGAAACAUUACUGUAAAUCAUCAUGAACCAGCAGCCCCUGCCAGCUGGCCAGGGAGACCCUGUGAGAUGUGAAUGAACCAAAUUCAUGGCUGACUUCCAGCACAGAUUGAUGUCUCCUACAUUGUGUCCCCACUCUAAUCCCAUUAACUAGAUAUAACUGCAGUUAAUUUGAUUUAUGUCCGACAACACAUUAGAAAGCAUGAGUUCAAGUCACAAUGACCAGGUGUUUUUGUGAGCCAUCAACUGGUGCAGAAAAGGACCCAUGUAGUUUCUCAGACCUGAUAAAUGACUUUACCAUCCCCUCUUCGAUUCGACAUUUUUAGAACUGCUCUCUACAUGGCGGAUUACUUCUCACUUAAUCAAAAGCAAUUCGAAACAGCAACAGACUUUCAGACGGUUCAGCUGAACAUCUUUUCCAACAGCUUUUUCUUAAAUGGUGGCAAUUUAAUUUGUGUUAUUUCCUAAGGAUAAAUUACAGAGGUGGAGAAGUCUGUCUGCAAAGUGCAAGCCCUAAAUGAUGUGUGCACUGAGAUGUGUCCAGAUGGUGGGGAGUGGAACAUUUUCAUAGAAACCUUACUAAUGGUUAAAAACUGAAAGUGAAACACCUGGAGGCUAUUUCAAGGUAAUAUCUUUCUGCAUGCGUGUGAUGACUGUUAACUCACGAGCAUUUAUUGCUGGAGAGGAGCAUUAGCUAAUUUAAUACCUGUCCAGACAUAAAGUGCUUUUAUCUAAAGUGUUUUAUCAGUUUUUCAUCCUAUAAUGCUGAUCCUGAGGGGAGACUCUAUAUAUGUGAGAUAAUGUGAUCAUCAUAACUACGUCCAUGUUAUUUUUCUCCUGACAAAGAUAUUAUUUUUAUGAUUUAUACGUGUGAGACAAUUCUCUACAACAAGUGGAGAAUGUUUUCUUAAAGAAUCGAGAUAGGAGUGUGAGUCCUUCUGAAUGGGUUAUUUGACUCGCUCAGCUGAACAAAGACUGAACAUGGGCGUAGUUGAAAUGAGACAGAGUCUGCAGUCAAGUUAGUGGUUAUGUGAGGCUAUUUUUAGGGAAAGAGAUGUUUGAUUGAAGCGCUAACAUGAGCAUACUAAUGGAGAGUUAGAAACCCCCCCCCGAGAGAUGAAUGUUGCUGACUGCUUGCUUCUCUAAGUUAUACCAACUUCAGCAAUGACUGCUUGUUUGUCACAGAGUGCAGUGGAGUUUCACAGCUCAAGGAAGAACAUUCAUGAAUAUUACUUCAUUGAAAUGCAAACAGAGUUCUUGUGUAUCUUGUAUGUGCACUGCAGACGAGGUAGUUCUUAUGCCUUAGCGUCUCGGUCUGAUUGCAUUUCCAUGAAGAAAUGAUCAUAAAUUUUCCGCUGCACUCUGUGAUCAACUCAUCAGGGCCGCCCCACAAACAAGCAGCUGCUGGAGGAGAGUAGGUGAGUUGUGUUUGGUCUCUCUGUUUGGUGGCUAGUACUAUGGCUGGGACUCUAUAUGUACUGUUGAUGAAGUUAGGUGCUGUUCUGAACAUUAUUUGUGGCUAUAGAGUGGCUUUUUGGUUGAGGUUUGCACGUGGAGACGUAGACCGCUGUGUAUUGCCAUCGUGCAUUCGUGGCUGAAGUUGGGGGUGUCUAACUUGGUGUUACGGUGUGUUUAAACAUGACUUAAAUUUACACUGGAAUAUCCCUUUAAGUCAAGCUAGAAAUGACAGCAGAGGCUGAUGGAAACGGCUGGCAGUUCAGCAAGAUAGGAUGCAAACAAUAAAAGCUGCACCUUUAUAAAUGGCAUUUAACAGAGCAGACUCGGUAGAAAUGGAGUAUAAUGUGUGUGAGUUAGUGCAAAAUGGCCCUCAGAUUAAAUUGUUUUCUUUUUGUUUUUAAAAUGAGCUCUUCCAUUAAGGUUGCACCGCCAAGUUUGGAUGGUAGUGGUGUAUGUGUUUUUGUCAUUUGAGAGUGCAAAUUGUUAGUAAUACAUGUUUUUUUUAAUUUUAAUCUUAAAAUAAUGAAAAGCACAUGGAGUAAUUAUUUUAGUUCAGAGUGUAAUCAAAAUGAAGUCAACUCCCGUCUCAUGAACAAGACACUUCUGGUCCCCAAUUCAAGCAAAUUAUCUUUGCCUGGGCGCAUCCUGUUGCCGAACAACCGUGACAAUGUCAACUCCUCCUGCCGAAUGAGCAGGGAGGGCAGCAGGAAGAUAAAGCCCAAAACAGAGAGGAGUUGAGCAAGGAAAUAUUGAAAGAGGAGCAGAGUUGUUGGAUGCCUGAUGAAUGAUAAUGUGACAUGAAGAGGGGCAGUGAGUGAGAUAAUGUAAAGGAGAGCGAAUAAAGGAUGCAUGGAAGGAGGGGAGGAGGGUGACAGAUAAGGGGAACUCAUUAAGGAAUGGAACACAGCCUGCCUGGUUGUUUAUUGGCUGGCAGGCUCAUUGUACUUAAUCACUGCUGCCAAGAUACACACACACACACACACACACACACACACACACACACACACACACACACACACACACACACACACACACACACACACACACACAUUUUAACGCAAACUCUUGCGUACAAGUACACAUUCACACUGUGUACAUACUUCUGCAUACCUGCUUUGUAACCACUUAAUGCAUUUGUCUCCCCCCCCGACACACACAAACACACUCACUACUGCAUGCCUCUCAGCAACUUGAGUCACUGAAUCAUUUCUCAGUGGCCUUCAUCGCUCUCUUCCUCGCUCACUAUAACACCAUCCUCCUCUUAUCCCCCCUCCUCCCUUCUUGCUCUCCUCCUGUGGGUCCUCUCUCUCUCUAUCACAAUCUUUCUCACAAUUCCUUCAUCACCCCCUCCUUUUCUCUCUCCUCUCCUCUCCUCUCCUCUCCUCUUCUCUCCUCUCCUCUUAUCUAACAACCUUGAGAUGAUCUUCAAAGCAUCAUUGCAGGCAAGCAUGUGAGGUCACAUCUUCUCCAGCCCUUCUUCUCCUCUUUUCUCGUCAGCUUCUCCCCCUCUACCCUCUCUCCUCCGGCUCCUCUCCUCCACUGCGCUUUACUGUUCUUUUUUGGCUUCCUUCCCCUAUCUAAUUUGCCCUCUUCCUCCCUCUCUCUUAACUCUCUCUCCUUCUAUUGCAUCCUUUACUUUUCUUCAUCUCACAGUCCAUUUCUCUCCUCCUCUUGUAACAUCUAUCUCCACCUCAUCUGGCCUCAUCUCUUCUUGUCUGAAUGUCGCUCCAUCUCUGCUACGUGCGUCCCUUUCUUUUCCCAAUUUUCCCUCCUCCUCCUCCUCCCUUCUCUCACUGCAGUCUCCCCCUCCUGCUUUUUUGCUCAACUCAUUUACUCCCCUCCUUGCUCUUUUCAUUCCUCCCUCUCCUCAUCUAAGAAUCUGAGGAAAAGAGGUGAUACAAGGUUCCUUUUGUCGUGUGUGUGUGUGUAAAUGCCUCCUGUCGCACGUGUCUGGGUUUCUGAGUGUGUGGGUGUGUUAUUGUGGGGAUGUUACACGCCUGUCUUUAAAGCAGCCCAGAGCCCUGCAGUGUUUUCACUCUCUAAUUAAUUAAGCGUGGGAUGCUUUCGUCUGUUUAUUGCUUGUCUGUCUCACUUUGCUGUCUGUGUCGUCCAUCCGUCUCACUCUCACCAACACACCGCGAGUCACUCCAUCUCCGUGUUUAUCUUUCUGCUGUCUGCCCUCCUUUCUUCCUCCUUGCUGUCUGUCUGUUUGAUCAGGCUCCUCUCGGUGGGAGAACUGCUACAUAAUUCAGUCCUCACUGAUGCUUUCCAUGAAGGGCUGUAAACAACAGCAGUAGCACACUCGGUCCAGCUGAGGUCAGCAUUGUUCCUGAUAAAUUAAGAGCAGAAAAUAACGCCUGGAGGAGAGAUCUUGGGGCAAAGUUUCACUUUUGGAGAGCCCUGUGCUGCUUUUGUUUGUUUAGAGCAUGAUAAUCAGGGGAGCGCAGAGGUGCUGGUGCAUAUCAAAUUGGGAAGUUAUGUUUUUCACCCAUAUGAAUUGUAGCCUUAAAUAGCAGUUGGUGCAACCUUCCAGAAGAUCACACCAUUUUGAACUACUUUUUCAUGCAUGCUGUGCAUUUUUGUGAGCUGUGAAUUCCUCUGCAUUUGUGCAG